UAUCUCAACUUUUUCUUUUCCACAACGUAACCCCAAUAAAAGUAGAACCAGAAUUGAAAUUGUAAGAGCAUAAGAAAAUGGCGAAACGCAAGAAAUCGAAAUCCAAUUCACAAUCGGUUGGUACAUCGUCGCAAUCGGAGGAAGCAGGAGAAACCGUACGUAAUGGGAGGAGUAGCAUAUCGGAGUAUGAGGAACAAAGACUACGGAGAAUUGCAGAAAACCAAGCGAGGUUGAAAGCUUUGGGGUUACCUCAAAUGGCCUCUUCCUUGAAAACCUUGCCUCAGAUUAACAAGAAAAAGGGGAAAGAAAAGGAAAAGGUUGAAGGUGAUGAUGAAGAGUAUAGACCCGAAAAUGAAGAGGAACGAGAAACGGAAUCAGAUUCUUCCAGUGAACAUGAGUCUGAUUUUGAAAAUGCUUCUGGGUCACGGAAAAGGAAGGCGAAGAACAAAAGUUUGAAGGUGAAAAGCAGAGUAGCCGGAAAGAAGCAUGGUGGUAAUUUAGAUAAUGUUGACGAUGAAGAUGAAGCUUUGAUGCAGGCAAUUGCUCUUUCUCUGCAGAAUUCUGCAGAACCUUCAGUUUGCUCUAACAUGAAUGUAGGGAACAUCAGCAAGGCCGAGAAAAAGGAAAACAUUCACACUCAAGAAGAUAAGGAACAAAAGAAGAACAAAAAAUCGUUUAUUAGUCGGCUGCAAAUGACUGAGGAUGAACUCAUCGUACACUUCUUCCAGCUUGAUGAAGCUGGAAAAGGAACUGUAACAAUAAGGGAUUUAGAAAGAGCAGCUAUAACUCAUGAUUUUGCAUGGACCGAUAAUGAGUUGGUUGAUAUGAUUCGCUGCUUUGAUAGUGACGGAGAUGGAAGGUUAAGUUUAGAAGAUUUUCGCAAGAUUGCUGUUCGUUGCAACAUGAUAAAAGACUCACAAAAUUCUUGACAAGGAGGUGUUUCCAUUUGAGCUUGCAUGGUAACUACAAAGUGAAAGUGUAAAUUCCUUGAAGUUAAAGGGCUACUAUGUUGAACACUAUGUUGUAGUGUACUAAUCAUGGAAAGAAGCAAACUAAAACUUAAAGGGCUACUUCACAAUAUGCAAGACCAAAGCUUAUAGAGAACAAUGAUGAUGAAGUUGUGGAUCUUACUAUGUUUAAGAAAUUGAUUGGAUCAUUGAUGUACCUAUUCCAAAGUAAAGCUAGGGAUAUUUUUGUUCUGUUGGAGUGGUAAGAAGAUACAUCAAUGGAAAUAUCCAUUUUGGCAUCUUA